ACACGAUCUUUGGUUGAGCUAGCCGGCUAACUGUUAGCUAAGAGAGACGCCAUUAGUUGGGUGAAAAUCAGGCUUUGGCCACAGGGUGAAACGCGAUCUGUCUCUGGGUUUGGACUCGCUUCCCUCCGAGCUGCGAGUAGAUUCUGGUAGAAGUCGGGUCCGUGUGUGCUGUCGAGCUGUCCCUCUCAUGAUUUUAGCUCCUUUUUUGAAGUCGGAAGCCGAUGUGAGCUGCGCAGGACUUCAUUUCCGACUGGGUUAGCAUUAGCAGCGCUAGCCUUAAAACGCCCGUUUUGCGGAUAAAAGCGGAGGAUUUGUGCGAGUUUUAACUGCCAGCCAUGGCGGCGGCGAACAGCGGCAAGACCUAUUCGUUCAAGGUGGUGCUGCUCGGGGAGGGCUGCGUGGGGAAGACGUCGCUGGUGCUCAGAUACUGCGAGAACAAAUUCAACGACAAACACAUCACAACUCUACAGGCGUCCUUCCUCACAAAGAAGCUGAACAUCACAGGAAAAAGAGUAAACCUCGCCAUAUGGGACACAGCGGGUCAGGAGCGCUUCCACGCCUUAGGUCCCAUCUACUACAGAGACUCCAAUGGAGCCAUACUAGUGUACGACAUAACAGACGAAGACUCCUUUCAGAAGGUGAAGAACUGGGUGAAAGAGUUGAGGAAAAUGUUGGGCAACGAGAUUUGUUUAUGUAUAGUAGGUAAUAAAAUAGAUUUGGACAAAGACAGACAUGUUUCAGUGGAAGAGGCUGAGAGUUAUGCCGAGUCGGUGGGAGCCAAACACUACCACACAUCAGCCAAGCUAAAUAAAGGCAUCGAGGAACUCUUCCUGGAUCUGUGUAAAAGGAUGAUGGAAACUGCUCAGGCUGAGGAGAGGUUGAAGGGCAACGGAGCCAGCCAAUCAGCAUCGAGUAGGCGGGGUGUACAGAUUGUUGAUGAUGAACCACAGGCCACGCCCGCUGGAGGCUGCUGCUCCUCUGGCUAACACACACACAAGCACACACCUUCUCUCUGUGCUUGCAGACAUAAUAUCCACACACACAUUUUCCAGUGUCUGUCGGUCCGCUCUACUGUAAUCUGCUGUGUCCAUUCAGCGCCGCCUCUGCUGCUAAGGAGCAUGGGAAAUCAUAUUUAAAUUUGUUUAAUCUGUGUUCCCUCCAAAAUAAAAGUACCUGGAGUCCUUAUGAUUAAAAGGAGUGUGUGUUCAGUGAUUAAAUCACUUUCUUUAAUGAUAAUAACUCCCCAUGUUAGUUUGUCGUUGAUAAACGUCCAUCUGCAGCUGUUUGUGUGUUUGUACUAAACAUUAUUAAUAAAAGACAUGAAAUCAUUCUGAGGACAGAAAGUUGAGUCUCAGGCUUUUAACACAGAUUUUUGUUUUUGUGUAUUUGGGGGGAAAUAGGGGUUUAACGCACACACACCCAAGCGCACACACAUACAUAUAAUACUACCCCCAUUAAUCUUCAUGUUUAUCUGAAGUAUGUUUUCAAACUAAGAGGAGGAACACAGGACUGGCUGUUUGUGGUGCAGUGGCUCCACCUGCUGGUCAAAAGUUAAACUGCAGUGAAUUGGUAAAACAUCAAAAAUGAGUUUAAAUGUUUACUUUCAGGUGUUAAAACACUGAAAGAAUACAGGGUGUCGCUUUUCAUAACACGGCUGUCCAAUCCACAUUUUCUUUUUUAGAGGAAGACUCACACAAGCGGCUGUAAGACGAUGAAUAUAGAAGCUCAGCAGAGUCGGGUCACAUAAUUGCUAAAUGGUGCUGUGCAGAGUGACAUCACUUAGUCAGGUGGACAAGGACUCUACGGAGCAUGCUCUGUGGGUGCAGAACAAGCCCUCCGAGACCUUGAGCCACAUUUUAAUAGUGAAUUUUGUAAUUUGAUUUAAAGAGGGAAGAAAAUGUGUGAAGUCAGAUUUCGAUCGAAGCAGGAAGCUGUUAAACACAUUGCUAAGAAGCAGAACUGCAGUUAUAGAUUCCCAAAAUAAAAAUAAUAUAAAAACAGAUGUCUAAACUGAAUAAUAGAAAAGAAAUGUGGGAAAUGGAAAAUUUUGUUGCUGAAACAGAUUCUGUAUAUUGUAAAUGAAGUAAAACAAUCUUUUGCAUUAAAAGUGCUGAAAAAUCGAAAUUUAUUAAAAAAGGCUAUUCCUCACAUUUAGUCAGUUAUUACAUUUGAUCUGUAAUAUAGCCAGUAAAAUCUCAGAAAAGUGAUUAGUGACGUGUUUAGAUGACUUAAGUGUGAAAGUGUAAUGAUAUUUAGAGGUCCUAUUGGCAGGGAAGAAGGUCUUUAUGGUGUAAAGUAACAGUAAAUGGCACUUUUGGUGAUCAAAUGAUUAGAAAUGGGAAAUUAAAACAUUUUUGUUAAAUGAGGGAGCACUGCCUCAGUGUCUCAACUGAUUGUGCUUACAUCGCCCCCCAGUGGCAAUUCUGAGAAAGAAAAAAGGUAUUUAAUUUAAAAUUACUGAAAACUGAAACUCAGUUGAAUGUUCACAUUAGAGAAACUGGAGUACACGAUUCUUUCUCUUAUUUUUUGAAGAAAAAAAAAGAAGAAAACCCCAUGUUUUAAUGGGUUUUACACACACACACAGACACACACACUUAUUGAAUUGAUACUGUGCAUGUCUGAUUUCUGUAACCAAGUUUGUCUGACUUUUCGAAAAAAAAAUAAAAAGCACUGAUAACGCUGAAAA